GUCUCCUCCCCCCUUGUUCUUACCAGAGUCAAUCUUCAUAUAUACACAGCACAAGGAGUACAAAAUUAUCUCUCCUUUUUAUAAGCGGCUUCUCUAGUUUAUGAUAUCUUUGCUUCCCUCCCUGUCCCCAAACCACCAGCAUUAGAUUGAAGUGUAGAAUUACAUAGAGAAAGGGGCAAGAACCUUGACGGCUUAAUUAUAUACACAAAUGGGCGGAAGAGAAGUUUUCAAACAAAUAUUUCUCCUACUUUGCUUCUUCCUCUUCUCAGUUAUGAGUCCUGCAAGGAGCGUAGAUAUGAGGAGAGACACAAAAGAAACCAUUUCCACCCAGCAAAAGGACAUCACCACUCCAAUUACAACAGUUCCCACGAUAACCCCUGCCGGUGCCACACCCAGUACGUCAAAUCCGAUCUUGAAUCCGAAUUCAAACCCGGAUUCCACAUCGCCGGUGACCACGACCCCGGCCACCACCACAUCGCCGGUUUCUUCAUUAUCAGGUAGCUGGUGUGUGGCCAGCCAAAGCGCGUCGCAAACAGCAUUGCAAGUAGCUUUAGACUAUGCCUGUGGGUACGGCCGAGCCGAUUGUUCGGCGAUUCAGCCCGAAGGAAGUUGCUACAAUCCCAAUACCGUCCGUGAUCAUGCUUCAUAUGCCUUCAACCGCUAUUAUCAGAAGAACCCAAUUCCCAGUAGCUGCAAUUUUGGGGGAACUGCUGUGACCACCAGCACUGACCCAAGUACAGGGACAUGUCAAUAUCCAUCCACAAGCACAAGUUCGUCAAUCUUAAACACCACCAAUUCAAAUGGCGCGACCGUCUACGGUGCCGUACCUUCAAACCCAACUCCAUCUGGAGCUUCUAAAGGCAUUGGCCACAUACAUAAUGUUUUAGUAAUAUCGUGUCUCAUUAUGUUUGUGGCUAAAUCUUAUCAUUGAAGUAAUAGAUGGAGUGAAAUUAGUUUGGUCAGGCUAAAGCUGUCAAAAGGGUUUCUGACUUUUUUUUUCACAGAAACAAAGAUGAACUGAUGCUUAUGGACUAGAUAGACGCAUGGUUUAAUGCUUAAACUAGUGCUGGCCAUACUAGCGUUGCACUUUUCUGUAUAUAAAUGACUUGUUAGUGGUGAGGAGAGAGAUCAUAUAAAGAAAAAAGGAAAUGGAUUUUG